AAACUACGCCUUAAAGAUCACGCCUUUACAUGAGAAAUGCCCUCGAAGAGAAGAAAUGGGUCCAAAGAACCCUAUCCGUAUAGGUUUGACUAACUCUGGUCAAAAAUGUCGGAGAAGGUCUUUUACCGACAAUCCAAAAACACGUCUUGUCGUCAUAAUCACAUUCCUUCUUUCAUAGAUUUUACUGACAAGACACAGCGUUCUUCUGUAACGCGGCAAAUUAACCCCGAAGGAGGAAAAAGGUCAGAAAUUUGUGAGGAAGAAAGAUGAGGGAUGAAAGAUGAAAGAUGAAUCGGUUGUCGAGAGAUUCACAAGUAAAGAUUCGAGAUUUUGAUCUUUGCCUUCUGGGUUCUUUCUCUCAGAUCCUCCGCGUCUCAGGGAUUAAACCCUAGCAGCUCAUACCAGUUUACGGCGAAAGAUUUUGCUGUCAAUGGCGGCUUUUUGAGUUUGUUUCUCUCUCUCAGGUCUGUUCCUUGGAUUUUCUGACAAGAACUCAGGUGUUGUUUGAGAUUUUGUUCUUGUGAGGGGGGUUUCUGAAAGAAAGAGAGGACAGAUGCCUGAGGAAGAGUUGGUUGAACUUAAAUUCCGGUUAUACGAUGGUUCAGAUAUUGGACCCUUCCAUUACUCUCCGGCUGCCACUGUUGCCACCCUCAAGGACCGAAUCAUUUCCCAUUGGCCCAAAGACAAGAAGAUUGCUCCCAAAUCAGCGGGUGAAAUCAGGUUGAUCAGUUCUGGGAAAAUUCUAGACAACGGAAGGACGGUCGGGCAAUGUAAAACCCCGUUUAAUGAUCUCCCGAAAGCAGUCAUGACAAUGCACGUUGUCGUCCAGCCACCUCCGGCAAAAACAAAACCAGAGAAGAAGAUGGAAGAAGAAGUACCUAGGAAAAGCUUAUGCUCUUGUUCCAUAAUGUGAAGGAGAAGAAAAAAGACAGUGGUUUGAGACAGAGCUGGUAGCUUGCAAUCUGCAUAGAAUUACCAUUUCGCCCUCGUUAACAUGCUCCUCCAUUCAUGAGAAGCUUCAUUUCAAUGGCGGCCACCACGAAAGAUGGUGCCUUUUUUUUUCAUUUGUUGUUCCCUAGGAUUAGAUUACUAGUGUAUGAUGGUGUUUGGAUCAAAUUCUUUUGAAUUCAAUAUCCAUCACAUUAUUAUAUAUGUAUGAUAUUUGUAUAUUCAUUCAUUUCUGGAUCUGCAACUGUGAAGUGUCAUUCAUUGAUGAACAUUGCUGUUAGAACAGUACCAAUAGAAUGAAUGUAUCUACCAGAAA